UUGGGCCAUAAGUUGCCGAAUGAAGUCAGUGAUGAGUAAAUUGCCUUCAGUUUUCCACCUCCAACUAUGAUCUUAUGGCAAUGGGAUUUGAUGGUUCUUAGAGGGAUUUGUUUGUAAUAUGAAAUUCUUUUUGAGAAUUGAAAAUGCUAUGUUGGUCACCAAAAUGGCAAAAGGUUUGAUAUGGGCAACAGCAGAGGAUUUGGCAAGGAAUAGAGGGCAGGUUCUUUCUCUUUAUCGCCAACUAUUGCGGAGUCUUAACUCCCCUGAUUUGCCGCUAAACUUGGCAGCACGCCUGGCGAAAAAAGCAGAGGUUCGUGCCAUCUUCAUGGUGGCUUCUGAGGAGCGAUCCCUUCAUAACAUCCAAGAUCUCUUUGAUGCUGCUGAUUACUCCCUCUCUCUAUUAAGAAAAGGCGAAAUCCCCAAAUACAUCCAAUGAGUUAAGUUCCUCAUCAUCUCGUAGUCUCUCUUUGUGCAACUGUGUGCAUGGAGGGAUGAUCAUGGUGAUGCUUUGUAAAUUAGUUUGUGGUUCACAAGUGCAGGGAGGGAUGAAUAAUGUUGACUUAACUUUGACAAAAUUCUGAUCAGUUAAUGUAUCUGGAUCAUUGUGUAAAAUGAGCUGAGGCUACUCUUUCUGUAGAGCUAUGUAAAACAAUGAAUCUAAAAAAUUUAGGAUACCUCUAUUGAUAAUCUAUGUUGUCAAGUUUCGACAACCUUUCAA